AUGUCCACCGCCAGCUCCCGGCGACCAUGGGCGCGCUCGGCACCUGGACUCCUCCACGCACGGUACUGCUUCCGCAACAAGGAGAAGCGGGAGGUGUACCUUGUCAUGGACCAGAUCAUGAGCAAGGACCUCGGGAGCUUCUUCAAGGAGGCGAGCGGCAGCGCCAAGCGGCCGCGCGUGCAGGUCCCGCUCGUCGUCGUCGACGCCAUGCUGCAGAUCGCGCGUGGCAUGGAGCACCUCCACUCCAAGAAGAUCUACCACGAUGAGCUCAACCCGUCCAACGUGCUCGUCAAGACGCGGGGCGCCACCGCCGAUGCGUACCUGGUCGUCAAGGUUGCCAGGUUCACCGGUGACCCCGCCACAACCAUGACCAGCCCUCGCUGGAAGGCGGCGGCGAGGCGCACGGAGAAGGCCGACGUGUACAACUUCAGCAUGAUCAGCUUCGAGCUGUUGACCGGCAAGAUCCCGUUCGAGGACAACCACCUGCAGGGGCACAACAUGAGCAAGAAAAUCCACGCCGGUGAGAGGCCGCUCUUCCCGUUCCAAGCGCCCAAGUACAUGACCGGCCUCACCAGGCGCUGCUGGCACGGUGACCCGGCGCAGCAGCCGACGUUCAGCUUCAUCUGUCGCGUCCUCCGUUACGUCAAGAGGUUCCUCGUCAUGAACCCGACACAGCACUGUGGCCAGGGUGACGUGUCGAUGCCAGCACAGCCGCCGACACCGUCGGUGGACUACCUGGACAUUGAGGCGCUGCUGCAGAAGAAGCUCCCGGCGUGGCAGUAG